AUGGCACAGAGCCUAAGAUUCGAGCAUUCAACAACGACUGCUUCAAAGAAAGAUAGACCAUUGCAGCUGGAAAUCCAAAAUCGAACAGUUUGGUCGUGUUACUUGAUGGAUCAACUACUGAGCUCAGGAAAGCAACGCCCAGUCACUCUCUAUAAGGACGAUAUGGACAUUCCUUUACCUGUUUCCGAUGAUGACUUUAUAUUUGCCGAUCUUAACACUCCUCAGCCCAGAAUUAGUGAAGUAUUUUCUUCUCGCAACUCCUUUCCUACCCAAAGACCAUCAGACUACCAUUUUUCGCUCAUCUUGCAGGGUGUCGAUAUUUGGGCUGAGCUGUCUAAUUGGGUUGGAGAAGGAGGUAGAAGAGCAACCCAUGGGCGUGAUGACUGUCCAUGGAAGCUACAUUCGCCAUGGGGUCGGAUUAAUCAGCGAUUGCAGCAAUGGUGGAUGCGACUCGGCUCACAAAUUCGGUAUCCGUCUGCUCGACCAGAGGCCCAUCUACAGCGUGGUAAUGAGAAUAGCUUCGCAUUCAUCAAUCUCAUAUAUUAUCUUUGCCAGAAGGGCCGAGAUGACUUCCGUGAAUUAGAGGAUUCAAUACAACAGUAUGGAAGCAUAUGUUCGAGUGAGGACUCUGUUGAAGCCGUUCAAACGCUUGUUCACGCGCCUUCUGGCAAUUCAAGUCACACCAAUGACACCACUUCCAGUAUCGCGUCAUAUGUAGAGGCUGAGUCUGUGGUUACAGAGCCCUUGCACGAUGAUGCCUUUUUCAGCGAGGAAAAUUGGGAUGCGUGGAAUUGGACGGGCGAGAACUCCCUCACUGGCCAUGGUCAUUUGAUGAGUUUCGUCGCGGACCAAGAACUCUACAUGCCUGAAAGGUCUGAAAACUUAAUGUUUGGGUAUCAUGAUUGA